AUGGGGGCCCAACAUGGACAUGGACAUGGACGUGAACGUCAAGGCGCCGAGACGAGGAAACGUGUGUGGCCUGGAUUGUUUCUCAGAGGCGUGGCUAUUAUCGUCGUCUUAGUGCUCUCGCAGCUUGUGCUCGGUGACGGUGACGCCAAGCUCCAGCUCCAGUUUCCCCAGCGGUACCAGCACCAGCUCCAGCAGCUCCGGCUCCCGCUGCGACAAGACUUGCUGUCCACCUCUGCUUCAUUUUCAAUUUCCUCCCUCCUCCUCCUCCUCUCUCCUUCAUCCUUACAUCACCUCCUCCUCCCUCGACUUUAUCCUUCCUCCUCGCCGCCUGCUCCUGCAGCCUCCGAACCCGUCUGCCAUAUUCCCUCUCCCUUCUCGACUGCGCCGCCCACCUCACGACCCAUCGCCAUGGCUCUCGCCGACGAGUCUAACCGUGUCGUCCAAGAGUUCGACUUUACCAAUGACGACCUGAACCGUCAUGUCAAGGAAUUCUUGAGGCAGAUGAACGAGGGCCUCUCGAAGGAGGGUACCAGCCUCCAGCAGAUCCCAACCUAUGUCACAGGCGUCCCCAAUGGCACAGAAAAGGGUCUGUAUCUUGCUGUCGAUCUCGGCGGAACAAACUUUCGAGUUUGCUCCAUCAUGCUCAACGGCGACACCACCUUUAACCUAACCUUUAACAAGGUCGCCAUCCCCAAGGAGCUCAUGGUCGCAAAGACCGCCUCCGAGCUCUUCUCCUUCCUCGCCAAGCAGAUCGAGGUUUUCCUCAAGGAGCACCAUGCCGAGCACUUCAACAGCCACCUGCGCCGGCGCAACACCUACAGCACCGCCUCGGGCUACCGAGACGAGCACAUCUUCCGCCUGGGCUUCACUUUCAGCUUCCCCGUCAAGCAGCUCGCCAUUAACAAGGGCCUGCUGAUCCGAUGGACCAAGGGCUUCGACAUCCGCGAUGCUGUCGGCAAGGACGUCUGCGCACUGCUUCAGACCGAGAUCGACAAGCUCCAGCUCCCUGUCAAGGUUGCGGCGCUGGUGAACGAUACUGUCGGCACGCUCAUGGCUCGUUCGUACACCUCGACCGGCAAGAGCCGAUCUAUCCUGGGUGCCAUUUUCGGCACUGGCACCAACGGCGCCUACAUGGAGAAGCUGGAUAACAUCAAGAAACCCAUCACAGGCGACUAUGACAAGUCAACGGGCGAGAUGGUGGUUAACACAGAAUGGGGCUCCUUCGACAACCAGCUCAACGUUCUCCCCUCGACGGCAUGGGAUAAGGCCCUGGAUGCCGAGAGUGUGAACCCCGGCGACCAAAUGUUUGAGAAGCGCGUGUCAGGCAUGUUCCUGGGCGAGAUCGUGCGACUUGCCGUGGCCGACAUGAUUAACAGCGAAAAGUCGUCCUUGUUCAAGGACCUCAACUCUAGCUCCAACGACUGGGGUUCCACGACCAACAUUGCGCCCCAAUCCGGCUUCCUCAAGCCCUGGGGACUUGACAGCUCCAUCAUGUCGGUAGCAGCGGCCGACAACACUCCCGAGCUGUCCACUCUUCGCCAGGAGCUGGAGAACCUGCUCCACGUCUACACACCCUCGCUCGAGGAUGCCCAGGCCUUCAAGUCCGUCUCCAACGCUGUCGGCCGACGUGCCGCCCGACUGUCCGCUGUCGCCAUUGGCGCCAUCGCUCUUCAGUCUGGCAAGCUCGAAGACCCCAAUGAGGAGGUCAUCGACAUUGGUGUCGAUGGCAGCUUGGUCGAGCACUACCCAUUCUUCCGCGAUAUGAUUUAUGAGGCCCUCCGCGCCAUUGACGGCAUCGGACCCAGGGGCGCCGAGAAGAUCCGUAUUGGUAUUGCCAAAGACGGUAGCGGCGUCGGCGCCGCCCUGAUCGCUCUUGUCGCUGCCGGCAGGGAGAAGCCCGAGGACUACCUGGUCGACAUCAAGGCCGAGUCCAGUCGAGGCCGCAAGUUGUCCAAUGCCAUCGCUGACGAACCCCUAAUCUCAACCACCGCGCUCGUGGUCGGCGGCAUCGUUGGUGCCCUCGCACUAGCAGCUUUCUGGUGGACCAAGCGUAGGUAG